AUGCUUCAGGUUGGGCACUACCUCCAUGCAUUAUUUUCAAAGGCAAAGAAUUCAUUGAAUCUUGGUUCGACAAUCUUGCAAAUGAUUGGCGCUUUGAAGUCAGUCCUAAUGGAUGGACCUCUGAUGAAAUUGGCCUUCGAUGGCUUGAAAAACUAUUCAUUCCAUCGACUUAUUCACGGACAAAAGGUCAAUAUCGACUUUUGA